AUGUCAGAUAAAAAAGAAGGUAGAACCUUUACUGACAUUAUGUCAUAUUGGAAUGUAAAAGAUACUUCAAAACAACAACAACAACCUCAACAACAAACAAAUAAUGAUAAUAAUAAUAAUAAUAAUAAUAAUGUAGAACAAGUAGAAGAACAAGUAGUUGAACAAAUAGAUAAUGUAGUUGAAUCACCAUCAAAUGAUAAUGAACAACAACAACAAGAACAAGUGCAACAAGAAGGAUUGAUAGAAUCAAUUCAAUCAAAACCAACAAAUUGGGCAAACAUAUCAAUUGCUUCAACUAAUCCUUAUUCAACUGUUUUAUCAAAUAUGAUUGUUGGUGAAGAUGACAGUUCUACCUCUACAACCAAUACUACAGCUAUUGAUAGUAGUGGAUAUGAUCAACCACAAUCGGUAUCAUCCUAUUCUAAUAGUUAUAAUAAUAAUAGUAGUAGUAGUAGUAGUUAUAAUCAAUCAGUUUAUUCAAUUGGUUCUUAUGGUCAAAAAAGUGAUACUUCAACUUCAAGUUAUAAUUCAUCUUAUAAUGAUAAUAAUAAUAAUAAUAAUAGUAAUUCAUACGACUCUUCAUAUGGAUAUUCAAAUGAUCAACUUGAAUCAAAACCAAAAACAAGUUCUGAUACACCAAAAACUUCAUUAUUUGAUUCAAUUGAUAAGAAUCAAGAAACAUCUUCUUCAACUCCAUCAAUUAAUCAAAAAGGAAAUAGUUGGAAUGAAAAAUUUCAAGAAUUAUUAGAGGAAAAAGAUUCAGAGGAAAAGUUUAAAAAGUUAUCAACUAUAGCCAAUGAAUUUGUAUAUUGUGCAAAUACUUAUGGAAAGAUUAUUAUAUCAGAGAGAAAUUUGGAAAAUGAUCAAAAGACUAUAUUGCCCAUUGAUAUUGGUGGUGUUGCUGGUGGAAGUAAAUUUAGAGUGAUGGAUAUUAUAUUUAAAUUUGUUGUGGACACAGAGAUUGCUGAAGGUGUUUGGAUGUAUGGUGAUCAUUGUAAAUCAGAUGAAAUGGCUCAAAAAAGUGCUGGUCAUGAACUUAAAGGUCUGAAUCAUUAUAUGGAACAUGCAAUGAUGAAUGGUGGUGGAUUAAUUAGAUUCCCUCUGAUGGCUAUUAUUGAUUAUAGAGGUUACAGAUUAUUGGCCAUUUCAAGUUUACCAUUGGACAAGAAAACAAUAGUCUAUGGUAGUUGUGAUGGUGGUCGUACGGUUCAUGAUUCAGAUCCAUUAAUCAAUGAAGAAAUGAAACGUAUCGCUUCUAUUCUAAAUAUUAAAGGUCACUAUGUUGGUCUACAUCAACCUCCAACUUUUCUUUAUGGUCCUGGUGAUAUUGAAGUUCAUAAAGGUUUUGAUGGUCGUUAUUAUAUGAUUGAUUUUGCUAGAUGUUUUCCUCCUGAAUAUCCAAAUACAAUUAAAGGAAAAAUGGGAAGAGAAAUAUUUUAUUCAAUGUUGAGACCAGAAUUAAUAUCAUUAUCAACUGAUGCAUUAUCACCAGAUGCAUUUAGUGGAUGGCAAUCUGGAAAAGAUGAACAAGAAUCAAAUGAUCAAGUCAUUGCAAUGACUGAAAGAUUACAUAAUCUAAUUAUACCAGAAUGUGUUGAAUAUAUUCAAUCAACUUUGGAUAAUAGUGAUCAAAAAGCAUCUGAUCAAUUAUUCUUUGAAAGUACCCAUUUGGCAAAGGAUAUUAGGUCGACUACAUCAGACCUUGGUGAAUGGGAAAAGGAACAGUACGAACAAAAAAACAAUGAUGUUUUACGUAUGAUUAAUGAAAUCCAUUCAAAAGGUAUCAAUAUUAGAUAUCUUGGUAUUGCUUGUCAAAAGAUUUCUCAACGUUCUCUUAGAUCAACUUUUAUGACCGAAGUGGUAGCUCGUACAUUCAAGAAAAUCAUUCGUGCUCGUUUUAGAGAGAAAUUGGAAAAUUCAAAUCGUCCAUCAGAUGAACCACGUCAAAUUGUUGCUCAAAUUUUCGAUAUCCUAUUAAAUCGUGAUCGUCAUGAUGAAUUUAAAGAUUUUUGGUCAAAUUUAAAUUUUGGUACUUUUAAAUUUACUUUAUUAAAAGUAUUCCCAAAUAGUUUAAAUAAUUUAGAAUUAUUAGAAGAUUAUGAUAUGAGAAAUUCAUUUGAUAUGAAAUUUUUAAUCAUUAGAUUAAUUUAUAUUUUAAAUAUUAGAAUUAAUCCAGUAGCAUAUAGUCAAUUUUUAAAUAGUAAAAAAUAUGUAAUCUCCCUUCGCGAUAUUGAAGAUGUAGAUUCUACUAUAAAAUAUCCAACUAUAAUAGAUGUUGCUGCUGGUGAUUCAUUAAUUUAUGAAGUUCAAAGAUUAUUGGUUAAUCAUAAAGUACCACCACUUCAAGCUCAACGUUGGAUUGAUUUGGCUCAACACAAAUUAAAAACUGCACAAAAAUCAAUUCCACUAUCUGGUAGUUUAACUGUAAAACUUGCUUCAACCUAUUUACUAAAAGCAAAUAGUACUGGAAGUAUUAAAGAUUCAUUGUCUUUUCUGCGUAUUGGUAGUCAAUUGAUUGAACAAGCAAGUAGUCACUCUCAAGAAAGUAAUAGUGAAUUAUUGGCAGUUUGGGGUAUGAUUCAUCUAAAAUUGGCAACUCACUAUUUAUUUUAUGGUUUGGAUUAUCAAAGAUUUAAACAAGAAUUGGAUUUGGCUCAAGAAAGAUUGGAAAAGGCUCUUUCAAUUAAUAGUUCAAGUGUUGAAGGUUAUCUUUACCAAUCUCUUCCAUUUGAAUACAAUGAAAAAGAUUCAGACGACGACGGAGUAAAAUCAUUUAUUCUAAAAUAUAAUCAUUCAAAUUCUUACAAUACUGGUGUUGAACAACGUAAAUUGUAUGAAUUAUUAUCAAUGGUCAUGUUGAUUGAUCAAUGUCCACCAGAUAGUACUCUUCAUACUUUUAUUAAAUUGGCAAUGGGACAGGUUAGAGAAAUCUCUCAACUUGAAAUACCAUUUUCUUUGGCUCGUAUCAUAGAUACUGAAACAGUUGGUCAACUGUUUGAAAAUCUACCAAAUAUUUUAAUACUGUCUGCCAAAAAGAUUACAUUUAAUCCAACUCUUGCAAAUAGUACUGUUUCAAUGAAAUUCCUUACAACAUUGGAAUUGACAGAUUGUUAUUUCACAGAUAAUACUAGAAAUACACCAAAAGGUUCAGAGCCAAUUCCAGAUGGUUUAAUCGAUCCUUAUCAUCCAAUUACUAGUAUGUCUGAUUUGCUUCGAGAAAUACUUUUACAAUGUAAAAUGUUACAUUCUCUUACCAUCUCUGCUCGAGCAACAGAUGAUAAAUCAUUUGAAGGUAUUGGUCAUUUAUUCGGUCAACUCAAACAAUUAUCCAUUUGUCAAGGUUAUAUUACAAACAAGACAUUAUUAGAUUUAUCACCUCAUCUUGAUAAUCUUGUUUCACUUUCACUUUCCUAUACAAAUGAUGUAAAUGAUAAUGGAGUCGUUCCACUUUUACAAUCUCUAUCGAGUCGUCCAAUUAAAUUAAAAGAACUUUAUCUUAGUCUUCAUGGUUUGACUGAUGAAACUGGUAAACAAAUCGUUAAAAUGGCAUCAGAAUUGGAAGUACUCAUGUUGAUUCGUACAAGAUUCACUGCUCCUGUAUUAACAGAGAUUCUUUCAAAUCUAAGAAUUGUCAAAUUAUUGGAUUUAUCUUCAACAUCGGCAGAUUCAAGCUCUAUUGAAGCAUUGGAACAAACAUCUCAAUCAAUUGUAUCAUUAUAUUUGGAUCAAACAAAUUGUGGAGAUGAUCAAACAGUUCAAGCUCUAUCCAACUUUGCUUCUCCAUCACUCAAAGCACUUCAUCUACCAAGAUUCAAAGGAGAUGGUCAAUUACUUUGGAGUUAUUUAAGAAAAUUACCAAACCUUGAACAUCUUCGUCUACCACCAUCAUCUCAUCUUCCCUACCUAAUUAAAGUUCACAAAGAACUAAUUGACAAUAAUGAAACCAUUGCUGAAAGUCCACUAUCAAAGGUUAAAUGGUUGGACUUGACCAUGUGUACAGUUGGCUACGAGAGUUUACAAGAAUUUAUGUGUCUUACACCUCUAGUAGAAUGCCUUUCCUUGUCGGCUGUCACCUAUAUCCAUACCGAUAGAUGUAUUGUUGUUGAAUUUAAUGACAACAUUCUAAACCAAUACCUAAAGCUCUUUACCAAUCUCUAUGAACUCAAUAUUUCCAAUCACAAGACACUUGAAAAACGUCAUAUUGCCACCAUUAUCUCUCAUUGUCAAAUUAUACGUAGAAUAUCUUGUUAUGGUUGUGAAAAAAUUACCUCCCAAAUUGCUUAUGAUCUAUCUCAAGAAUAUCCUCAUAUUAGAAUUGAUCAUUAA